AAUCGGCUGCUAAUCAUACUGGACUAAUUAGGUCAAGAACAUGAGGUUUGCUCUAGAUAACCCAGUUGAUGUCUCCAUUCUAAGGCCACAAGCAUCCCCCUGACUCUGAACAAUGUCCUGCAGAUAUGAGCUAUUAGUCAUAAGCCUCGGGCGCUGGGGAGGCUCCGCAGACCUGCCGAUUGGGAACCGAUAUGGCAGCGACUCUAGGCAGCGGGGAGCGCUGGACCGAAGCUUACAUUGAUGCAGUUAGAAGAAACAAAUACCCAGAAGAUAGACCUCCUGAAAGUCAUGACCCCUGUGGGUGCUGUAACUGCAUGAAAGUGCAAAAGGAAAAGAAGUCUGAGCAUGAGUGGAAUCCAACCCGACAGGGUGAGGGGAGUGCCACUUACACUGAGGAACAGCUGCUUGGGGUACAAAGGAUCAAGAAAUGCAGAAAUUACUAUGAAAUUCUGGGAGUUUCUCGAAAUGCCAGUGAUGAAGAGCUUAAGAAAGCUUACCGAAAACUCGCCCUGAAAUUUCACCCUGAUAAGAAUUGUGCUCCUGGAGCGACUGAUGCUUUCAAAGCAAUAGGAAAUGCCUUUGCAGUCCUGAGCAAUCCUGACAAGCGACUACGCUAUGAUGAAUAUGGAGACGAACAGGUGACUUUUACUGCCCCUCGAGGCAGACCUUAUAAUUAUUACAGGGACUUUGAAGCUGACAUCACUCCAGAAGAGCUAUUCAAUGUCUUCUUUGGAGGACAUUUUCCUACAGGAAACAUUCAUAUGUUUUCAAAUGUGACAGAUGAUAGCCACUAUUACCGCCGGCGUCACCGACAUGAGCGGAUGCAGACACGGAAGGAAGAAGAAGAAGAGAAGCCUCAGACUACAUAUUCUGCAUUUAUUCAGUUACUUCCAGUUCUUGUGAUUGUGAUUAUAUCUGUCAUUACUCAGCUGCUAGCCGCUAACCCCCCUUAUAGUCUAUUCUAUAAAUCGACCUUGGGCUACACCAUCUCCAGAGAAACACAGAACCUGCAGGUGCCUUAUUUUGUGGACAAAAAUUUUGAGAAGGCCUACAGAGGAGCAUCUCUCCGUGACCUGGAGAAGACGAUAGAGAAGGAUUACAUUGAUUACGUCCAGACGAGUUGUUGGAAGGAGAAACAACAAAAGUCGGAAUUGACAAAUUUGGCAGGAUUAUACAGAGAUGAACGACUGAAACAGAAGGCAGAGUCAUUGAAACUUGAAAACUGUGAAAAACUUUCCAAACUCAUUGGCCUGCGCAGAGGUGGCUGAAAAGAUUGCUAGUCCUGCACUGGGUUGGGGUUUUGCUACUUGUUACUAUUUAUGUUCCUAAUUCCAUUUUAUAAUACAAAAUUAGGAAAUGACGAACAUUUUACAACUUGCUAACUUUUGUGGGCAGAGUUGAAGGCACUUGAGCAUGGAGCCAGACUUGCCAUCACAGAAUCCUUCCUGGGGAUUGGCUCCAGGGGCCACUAACAGUUCACCUGAAUUGAAUUAAAGGCAAAGUGUUCGAUGCAGCCCCCCUGCUCCAUGCCUAUCCUGCCACUAGGACUGCAGUUCAGGCAUCCCAGGGCAGGUCCACGUUUUUUUCCUCCUUCCCUUCUUCAGUUAAGUCUUGAUAUCCGGUCGUUCCUAGGCAUGGCCAAAGCAGCUUUGCAUUAGUUGUUUACAGUGUACACGGAGAAUGAUAGCUCUCCCUUUCUGUGAGUCCCCAUGGCCCCUAGCAUUCAGCUCUUGGAACAGGUGCCCACCCAACUUUGCAUUUUCUAAGGGAAAUGAGAGAUGUAAACUAUUACAGUCAAUAGUUUUCCAUUGCCAAUCUCUGUUCAGAGUUACUAGCAUUAACAAACUGCCUGAUUUGAUUUUCUUUUACUUCCUUAACCCUCUCUCUUGUUAGAGGGUCCAGAAAGUAAAAGCCACUGGGUAAAAGAAACAGUUCCAUGGACAGCCCAGCAGCAGAAAGCAGGGACCUAGGGAUGAAGGUAAAACACAUGCCUGAGUCUCAGCUUCUCAGUGCAGGUUCCCGAGGCCAUCACAGAAUCUGGAGAAUAUGAGUGGUUUUUUGCCAUUUCCUCUUGCAGCAUCACACUUGACCGGAGUUCCUACACCCCACACAACUACAGUGGUCAGACCUAAGAGCAGGUAUUGCCGACCAACCAGACUGGUUGCUCAAGCCUAGAGCUGGAGGGGAAAGUCCCUUUUUCCAUUGCUUCGGAGGUCAGUGUUGGUCCCAGCCAUCCCGGUCUUUAACCCAGGGCCCCAUCGCUUGUGUUAUGAGAUGCCUUUUCACAUAAUCAACAUUUAUUGAGUGUCUAGUGUGAAACCAGAGCUCUCACAUAUAUUUUCUUACUUUAGCCUCCUCACAACUCUGUGAAGGAGACGUAUUAUCCUUUUGUUUAUGAAAGAGAACAUUGUCCCAGAGAGGAUGAAUGGAUGACCCAGUCACAAAACUGGUAAUGGCAGAGCUAGGUUAUCAAGUAGAAAAUGCCAUUUCUUUGGCAGUUCUAGCCAGAUUGGUAAGGCAUAAUCUUUCCCAAGGAUGCCCCAGUACCCCCUGACCAUGUGACCCUGUGACCAUAUAUCCAUUUUAUGGCAGUCUUGUGUUCACUCUGGACCUUCCUCCCUGGCCUUGAGGGAACAAGACCCUCUCUAUAACAAUUCUGUAUACAAAACAAGAGGUCCUCAAAGGCAGGCAGUCGUUCCCACUGGUGACAAGGAAGAGGUUAGUUACUACCUAGGCCUGAUGGUUCUGGGCCCUCUCUUCUAAGUGAACUACCAGGACUGAGCUGCCUAGAUCAUCAUGAAUCAGAACCUGGAAGAUCAAUAGGUGACUGUAGUCUACAUUCAAUGUUUUCUUCGGGAGGGAAGGAAAGUUCCUAUAUCAAAACUGAUUUCCAAAGUAGAGUUUGUCCUUUCAGAGGCAUAGCCAUGAUUUAGGCAGACGUGUCUAGCAUGGUUCAACAUGGACAUUCCACAUGGUCGAGAGAUGGGUCCUGAGGUGAAGAUCUUUGGUGGCUGGAAGGGGACACCUGCUCAGCUGUGGGAAGGGGAGCAGCUCCAGAGAAGCCAGAUUUUGCUGCUCAGCUAGGUCUAUCUUCCUGGUCUGGGGGGACUUCCUUGAUCCUUUCUGAGUAAUUGAGGGGAUUUAUACUAUAAAAUAUGCCUGUGAGCCAAACAGGCUUAUGGAAAGAUUCCCUAUUCACACAAAAAUCAAAGCUCUCCCCUCCCCAACUCCAGUCUCUUCUAGAAAAAAAGGGACCAUGAUUAAACUGACUUGACAUGGAUUUCAUGGCAGAGAUGUGUUGCCUGUGAUGAUACAAAACAGAGGUAAAACUAACUCCAUUAAACAUCAGGUCUCUUUGUCUGUUUUCAUAGCACUGAUGGUACUGUUGUAUUUAUUACCUAAGAGACUACAACACAUCUGGCUUUCCUCUCAGUAGAAUGGUAUUUGCCUUUGUUAAAGAAUUGUUUCAUCUGUUUGGUACAGUCCAGAAUAUAGCUGCACUCUAAUUUCCUGGGUUCUGUUUUAGAUGGGUUGUCUGCAUGGUGGUAAAAUAAGCACCUUCCUCUUGCCUACAUCUUCUGGAAGUUUUCCUGAUUAUGUAUGAACUCCUUAGGUAAGGCUUUUUCUUGCUGUUUUGCUGUGUCGUUCUCUACGUUAACAUGAGCAUUCACUCCGAAUGGAGAGGGGUGACAUGAGAGUAGGGCUGAGGAGGCUGAGCGGCUCGAGCAGAAGGUGAAGCUCCCACUCAUCAGAGUGAAAGGGCUCUCUGCACCGGCUGAUCAGCAGUGAGGAGAGGAGGGCGAAAACCCUUCUCACACAGAGGACACCAGAGCCUCAAGGAAUCCGUGUCCCCACAUUAACAACCCUGGGGUUCAUCUGUUCAAACCAGAAAACUUCUGAACUUCCUGGAUCAGCUCCAAGCCUCACAGCUUGGGACAAGUGUCCCAAGACUUGGGACACUUGGGACAAGAGACCAGUAAGAAAGUGCCAUCGCUAUGCUUUCUGUUGGAAACUAUUAGAAAUCACACAACUCCAAACCCCACUGGAACAUGGGAUCCAGAAGCCCCGCCAAGCCUUGUGCUGUUCUCAUUUUCAUCCUUCAUGCUCAGGACUGGCUUUGUGAGGAGGCAUUGUUGGGAUUCCAGUUUUCUGUUACAACUGGCCACACUUGCUAGCUCAUUGUCUCUGCAUGCUCUGUUCCUCACAGAAGCUAGCUCUUAAUUAGUAUUUAUUUUGGACUCAUUUAUGGUAUAAGCUUAGUGUUCUAAUAUAUUAAUUUUUGGAAAGGGCCCAGUUACUCUACAUAUUUUUUGAGCCUGCGUUGCUGAUCCCUCGUGCAGUGACCACUGAGUAACUAUAUAUCAAUGUGUUCGAUAUUGAUUACAUCAUUUGCCUCACACUCAGUAUUUAGAAUUAAUGAUGUGAAUGUUCUGUGACCAGAGCUGGGUUUGACACCGAUGGAAUCUGCUCCUGGGGCAAUACGAAUCCUGAAAACUCUGGUCACCUGAUCCACUGCAUCUGGAUUGAGUGUAUUUUAACAGAGAAAGAAAUUAAAUGAUUUUAUACAAAAAGAAUGGGUCUAUAUUUUCCCUUUGUUCUUUUCCUCUUGCUCAUGUCACCCCUGGGCACCACGUCCUUCCUCACUGCCCUCGAGCCACCUGGGACUAGAGGCCUACUCUCUUCUGCUCCAGCCUUCACGAAUCCGUCACUGGAACUGUUGGUGUUAAGAACAACAGAGAACUGGUGACAUCACCAAUUCCAUAGGCCUCUUCUAUCAGGUAACAAGAGCAGCCACAGCAUAUCACAGCCAACGCACAAAGCUAAACCACUUAGCUUUCUAAAACCAGGUGUUAUCCCAGUUCCUUAAUGGCCUUGUUCCCAAUGACCCAUGUUUUAGGAAGUCUUGGUUGAAAUAUACAGGACAUAGGGGACUCCUGCCUGACUCAGAACAACAUAUGACUUUUGAUCUCAGGGUCAUGAGCUCGAGCCCCAGGUUGGGUGGAGAGAGAACUAAAAAAUAACUAAAUAAAAGACUUUAAUAAUACAGUACAUGGUUCCUAAUAAUACCUUUCAUUUGGAAAAAGAUGGCGAUGAAAUUCAAUUCAUCAAAGAUGGAGGACUUACUGUGUUGGGUGGGCUGAGUGUGGGGCUGGGGAACAAGUGAGACCCAGAACCAUGGCUUCCCCCUCAGGACUGAGGGGGAAGCCAACUUUAGACCGUGCUUCCCAGCAGGAUGAAUGUCAGAGGGGAAAUCAAGGAAACCUUGGGGAUCUAUAACAGGAAUUCAAUCCAGUGUGAGCCUUCAGUGCAAGCAACUCUAAGGAAGAGAGACUUGAAACAUAAUCACCCUUCUUACAGAAUGCAGUCAUUUUUUUUUUAACAGAAGAGGGAAGCAACACUCAGUGCUUCCAGUUCCAUGCAUAGCACCACCCUCUGUCCAAGGGUGAAAGUUAGAAAGCUAGGAAAUGUCGUAUAGUAGACUGCAUUUGGUAACCCCUAAAGGACCACAUGUAAUAUUUGUGCUCUUGUGUAGUCCCCUUUCUAAUCUGGGCUGGCCUUUGAUCUUUCACCAAUAGAAUGUGGCAAAAUCAGCAGCUUCCAUUUUUGCACUUAGGGAAAGCCAGCUGCCAUAUCAGUCCAACCACCCUGCAAACUCUAAGCUAACCCCAUGGAGAAGAGAAGCACCAAACAACCGAGCGAGCAGCAGGAACUGAGAACUCAGACAUAAAAUCUAAGCCCAGCUGUGUAGGCCACCCAAGCCGACAGGCAGGACAUAAAUGAGCUGUCCCAUCAAGCCCUGUUCAAACAGCAGAAUCACGAGCAAAUGAUACUAUGGUUAUUGUUUUUUAAGUCAUGACAUUUUGUGGUAGUUUCUUUGCAGCGUAGACAACCAGAACACCUUGGCUCCCUUUUUCCCCAUAUCCCCUCCUUCCUUAAGUCCUAUCAGUCUGACCUCCUGAAUAGUCCAAAUCCAACUGCUCUCUUCUCCUCUGACACCAUCUGACUCUAAAACUACCAGCCCCUUUUUGUGAUGAAAACUGCAAUAGCUUUGGGGUGCCUGGGGGGCACAGUUGGUUGAACGUCAGACCGCUGGUUUCGGCUCUGGUCUGAUCUCAGGGUUGUGAGACUGCAUUGGGCUCUGCAGUCAACCCUGAGUCUGCUUAUGUUUCUCUCUCCCUCUGCCCCUGCCCCCUGCUCACUCGUUCUCUCAAAUAAAUAAAUCUUUUUAAAAAAUGCAAUAGCAGGGCCCCUGGGUGGCUCAGUGGGUUAAACCUCUGCCUUCGGCUCAGGUCAUGAUCUCAGGGUCCUGGGAUCAAGACCUGCAUUGGGCUCUCUGCUCGGCGGGGAGCCUGCUUCCCCUUCUCUCUGCCUGCCUCUCUGCCUACUUGUGAUCUCUCUCUCACUCUCUGUGUCAAAUAAAUAAAUUUUUUUUAA